UUAUCGACUAUUUCAUCGAAUAUCGCCAUCAUCACAGUCACCAGCCUGUGCCUGUCCUCUGUGUACACCCAAAAAAACGAAUCUGUGCGUGAGAAUAUUUCCAAGAAACAAAACAACCCCGAAAUAAAAUGUCCCUGCUGGGUGGUGAGAACAUUCGACUGCUACAAAAACUGUUCAAAGCCGACGAUGAUGGCUCGUCAUCAGACGAUGAGCCUACUGCCCAAGAUGUUCCCCAAUUAGGUCCCGGAGAUAUUGGAGAACCGGCGGCACAGAAAGCGAAAUCAAAAAAACAUCCCACCGAUCCGGCAGAGCACGUGAAACCCUGCUCCUAUGCGCCGCUCGCACCAGACACCCAACCAAACCUGGAACCAAGCACGCUCGAGCAAUGGGAGGCACAGCAAUUGCACCAGGACCGGGCACUGUUCGAUUCGCGCAAGCAACCGGACUAUAGGAUCUCCUACCGCCAGACGGUCGCCACCGAGGAUAUCUAUCUGCAGAUGAACUGCAAAACGCCCGCCACGGCCAGCUGUGAGAGUAUGGUCGUGGAGGUGUUUCUUACCGCCGAGGAUGACUCGGUAGGCAUCCAUCAGAUCGAGCUGGAGGUGCAGGAGCAGCUGGUAACGGUCGGGUCGCCAAGGUAUCGGCUCGAACUUACCCUGCCGCACCGGAUCAACCCGGACCGGGGCAAUGCGGCGUGGCUGUCCGAUCAGAAAACACUUCGCCUUACGCUGAUGAUGGUGCGUGAGCUGGAUUUUGUCAACUUUUAAGGGCGGGAAGGAGCGCACGGUACUGGAAGUCCAAUAAAUUGGGCACAAUUUAUAGAAAAAGUGAAA